AUGAGCGCAGAGCUGCAGGCAUGGGCAUUGCCCCGUCUUCAGAGACUACUUCCAAUCGACGACGAAUCUCUUCGAGAGAUCAUAACUUACACCAACUCUCUCACCAAAGAAGCGGGUGCUGAUCACCUGAAGAACUUACUCGGCGAUUCACCACAGGCUCUGGAGUUCAUCUCAUCUUUUAAUGCGCGCCGACCACAAGUAUCUUCGAACAGGAGUCCAUCACAAGCACGCCCAGCGUUGACAGCGGAUGAGUCUGGUGUCCCAAGUCCAAAGAAGAGGGCUGCACGGAGAACGAAACCGCCACUGCAUGCAACUGGUCCUGCACGCACUCCAGAGGGAUACGGUAAUGUGUCUGGAGGAUAUACCAAGCACUACGAUGGAGACGACCAUUACUCAUCACCCCGGGAAUCUGUUUCCCAUAAUGAGGACGCGCCUUCACGGACGGGCACUGCUGAUGCCCUCCAAGUUCCAUUACGUACCACUCGUGUUGCACCGCAAUCCAGUGCGGCAUCUCGAGAUGCUUCGCCGGCUCUAAAAUCCAACAAAUUGCCACCCUCGGCAUCUGGGAGUUUGAUAUCGGAUUUUGGAUUUGCUAAUGUCCGAUCAAAGCAGUCGAAAAAGCCAGCUCAUCCAUCACAUUCGCAGCCCCAGUCGGGAACUGCGACACCACAGAAAGGCGGCCCUACCACUACCACGUCCAGUGUGGCCGACUUGACGGCGGCGAUCGCAGCACUAGAAUUGUCUACCAAUCCAACUUUAUCGAAAGAGAGAAGAAAAUGUACCUGCAAUGCUUCCAUUCAUCCCUUGUUCGAGACAGCUCCGAAUUGUUUGAAUUGUGGCAAGAUCAUAUGCGCCUUAGAAGGCCUUCAGCCAUGCUCAUUCUGCGAUGCUCCUAUCUUGUCAAAAGAGCAAGUCGAUAGCAUGAUCAAGGCACUAAAAGAAGAGCGUGGCAUUGAGAAGAUGGCUGCUCACAAUGCAGGCCAGACACACUCCGGUCGGGGUACACCUUUGUUCGGAGGAUCAACACCCGAGGCACUUUCAGGAGACGAGUCUUCAUCAGCGGCAGCACGAGCAAGGGCACAUCGAGAUAAACUUUUGGCGUUCCAAAGAGAAAAUGCUCAACGGACUCGAGUUUAUGAUGAAGCUAGUGACUACGACAUGACUUUGACCCCUGGGGCUACGCAGUGGAUGAGCCCGGUUCAGCGGGCUGCGGCGCUGAAAAGGCAACAGCAAUACAUUCGCGAGAUGGAAGAGGCGAAUAGACCGGAGUGGGAAAAGAAGAAGACGGUGAUGAGCAUGAGCAUCAGGAACGGGAAGCUGGUCAGGACAUAUGAGCGCCAGAACGUCCCUGCAGCCCCAGAGAAGGUUGACAAUACUGAAGAGAAUGCCGGUGUGGAGGAAGACCCAGCUGAUCAACAUUUGAGUGUUGGGGGUCAAGGUGCAUUCAGCAACAAUCCUCUUCUAGCAGGCGGCAAACUCAUCCGGCCAGUGUGGAAAGCACCUGAAGGUGAAGAGAAGGGCAAGCAGCGGGAGCCAGAGAGAAAAAGUGUAUGGCGAAGAGUGCAGGAUGACAGCGAAGACAAUGAGCGCUGGAUCCUGGAUGGCGGACUGCAUGGCUAUGGCGCAGAGACUAGACUGAUGGAAGAUGGAAGUCAGCAAGAGUGUGGCUAA